UAAUAGCCAUUCUAGCCGCAGCUUGUGCUCCUGGCAAAAGCCUGUGCCUUCUGACAGCAGGUGCUUAGGACUCAUCAACCCGUGGAAGGAAGUGGUUUUGAUGCUUUGCAGGUUGUCUCCAUCACGAAGGUUUCCAGCAGGUAAAACCACCUAAAGCAGCAAGAGCCUCCCGACCACAGACGUGUGGAGAAGAGGGAGGCUCCUCUGUCUGUGAGUUGAAGGCAUCUCGGCUUUAAAGAAAACUGCCUGAAUAAACAAUCAGAAAGGUGGAACUUGAUGACCACAAGACUGUAGCCAGAAUUGAGAGCGAGAAUGCUCCCUUUUCUAAAAGUAGAAGAUCAAGUGUGUUAGCUCACAAAGGAAGAAAAAAAAAUAGUAAAAUUAAGAGCGUAGGAAGCAAAAAGAGACAGAAUUUCCUCAUGAUAGACUAUGUUUCAUCAAACUACUUUUUUUUUUUAAAAUUCUGCAACUAAGCUAUGUUUCUCAUGACAAUAUUUGCUUGGUUAAUAAGGUGACUUUGAAAGUACUUUAUCCCUAGAUAAUAUAUAAAAUUUAGAACUAUAACCAUACAGUUUAUCACCCGCAACAUUUACUGAUCAAAAACAAAUGACUGACUUUUCUAACUUCAGCUGCUAAUAAAGCUUUUUAACUUCAUCUUUGAAUUCUUAAAUCAUUUCCACUGAGAAAUGUAAUUCUCUAUAACACUGUUGGAUGAUUCUUAUUUAAGACAGACAAAAUACCCUCAGUAAAAAUUAGAUUCUCUUCAAAGUAUGACCUCAAUGAAAUUAUUUAUCUUUUAAACAUCUAAACUGUUCUGGUUCAUAUUUCAUUACAGAAACAAAGGCAUUUUUUUUAAAAAGGCAACUAUGAAAAUUAACCAUGAUGUACUCGUCUUCAAACCAAUCUGCUGUGAGAUUCCUGAAGAAAAUCAAAUUGAGGACAAUGCUCCACCAGCGCAAAAGAGAUCUCUCAGUUGACCUUUGAGAAUUCCUACCCGUGUUCUCUGAACAGGACCACAUACGUGAGCUUCUGUCCUUUCAUUCAGCUGACCACUCCAGCCAACUGCCCGGAGUGUGGAUUCCAACUUCUCUGUGAAAACUGAUCUACAUCUCCCCUUUUUACAAAAAGCCAUGUUCAAUUAAUUAGAACUUCCAGAAACAAAGGCAAAUUGGAGAAACACUCUUAGUGAAAAGAAUUCAGCGUUGGAGACAAGACCUACAUUUCUGCUUAUCUUCUAAGAACAUAAUUUCCACCUUAAAGAGGAAAAAUGAACACCACCUGUUUUGAAGAACAACGUGACCUAGAACACUAUUUGUUCCCAAUUGUUUACAUCUUUGUGAUUGUAGUCAGUGUCCCAGCCAAUGUUGGAUCUCUUUGUGUGUCCUUUCUUCAAGCAAAGAAAAAGAAUGAACUAGGAAUUUACCUCUUCAGUUUAUCACUCUCAGAUUUGCUCUAUACCGUAACUCUCCCUCUCUGGAUUAAUUACACUUGGAAUAAUGAUGACUGGACCUUCUCUCCCGCCUUGUGCAAAGGCAGUGCUUUCUUCAUGUACCUGAACUUCUACAGCAGCACUGCAUUCCUCACCUGCAUCGCCGUGGAUCGGUAUUUAGCAGUUGUCUACCCUUUGCGCUUUGCUUUUCUAAGGACAAGAAGAUUUGCGUUCAUGGUCAGUCUAUCUAUUUGGGUAUUGGAAACCAUGUUCAAUGCUGUAAUUCUGUGGGAAGACGAAACAGCGGUUGAAUAUUGCGAUGGCAAGAAGUUGAAUUUUACAUUGUGCUAUGACAAAUACCCCUUGGAGAAAUGGCAAAUCGAUCUCAACUUGUUCAGGACAUGUACAGGCUAUGUCAUACCCUUGGUCACCAUAAUUAUCUGCAACCAGAAAGUCUAUCAGGCCGUGCGGCAGAACCAAGCCACGGAAAACAGGGAAAAGAGGGUCAUUGUCAAGUUACUUGUUAGUAUCACGUUGACUUUUUUCCUGUGCUUUACCCCCUUUCAUGUGAUGGUGCUGAUUCGCUGCAUUUUAGAACGUAAUGUGAACUUCAGUAACCAGAAGUCUGGGAAGCGGACUUACGCAAUGUAUAGAAUCACGGUUGCAUUAACAAGCUUAAAUUGUGUUGCUGAUCCAAUUCUGUACUGUUUUGUGACUGAGACAGGGCGAUCCGAUAUGUGGAAUCUAUUGAAAUUCUGUGUGGGGAAGGGUAAUAAGUCACAAAAACAAAGCAAGCACAUACUUUCUGUAUCUACAAAAGAUACUGUAGAAUUAGACGUCUUGGAAUAGAAUAUAGGAUUUUUUUUUUUUUUUUGCUUUAAGGUGCAUGGCGUUAUUUCAUCAAGAUGAUGUUUUGGAAAGGAACUCUAACAUGGGAGCAAAUUAAAGUGAUCUGAGUGAAUAUUUUAAUAGAAUUUAUCAAGUGGGGAUAUUUUUAGAAGUAUGUUGUACGCUCUCACCCUCUUAUUAAAUGAGAAGUAGAAAAUAAAAUUUAAUAUUUUCCUAAUGA